UGUAACACGCCUAAACAAAUAACAAUUCUCAGGGAAAAUAAUAAUGCUUGACAAAGAAAAUCCUCUCUACUACGCGGCUAGUAGGACGCCAGCCUCUCAAAUGUACGAAAAAACCAUGCUCCGUGCCUCUUCACAUGGCUCUGUGUCCCGUCUUUGUAAGCAAAAUUCAAUUCUGCUAUUGUGUUCGACAACGCCCACCAACUGCUUGAUUUAAUGCCGUACAGAGGCAGUAACGACGAUGAGCUCAAUCUGGCCUCCUGACGACAAAACAUUAGCGUCGGGUCUUUUCGAAUGAUGCACUUGCUAACAAGUUCGGCCCGUUGAGCCGCAUCCCUAACGCUCUCCACGCCCGAAUUUAAUGAAUACGCAUGCAAACCAUCCCUCGACAUGUUUUGUUUAUAUAAAAGCAAAUCUCCGUUUAUUUCCUUUUAGUUAUUAUGAAAGAAAGGUACGAUGCAGGCUUUAUUUGUUGGUUUUAUUUGCGUUUGCCUUCUUCUUGCGUCGGCAAGAGCGCGGACGGCGAAGAGACUGAACGGGAUCCGCCCUGCACUAUAUCCUGGGCUCUUUGCUUUUGGGGAUUCUAUCUUGGACACCGGUAACAACAAUUUACUGACAACAGUUAUGAAGAGCAAUUUCCCGCCUUAUGGCAAGGAUUUCGCCGGCCAUGAGCCUACCGGAAGGUUCACCAACGGACAAGUCCCUUCAGACCUUAUAGCUUCAAAAUUAGGCAUAAAGGACUUAUUGCCGGCUUAUCUCAGCCCAAAAUUAAGCAGUGAAGAGCUUCUCACAGGUGUCUGCUUUGCUUCUGUUUCAUCAGGGUAUGACCGUCUCACAUCUGAAGUAUGGUCGGUGAUGACCAUUCAAGACCAAUUAGAUCUGUUCAAGGACUAUAAAAAGAAGCUGCAGGCAAUUACAGACACAGAAAGGGCUGCAAAGAUCAUAGGGGAAAGUAUAUACAUAGUUUGUUCAGGGAGCAAUGAUUUUGCAAACACCUAUUUUAGCUCUCCCCUGAGAAGGGCAGAAUAUGAUGUGUCUGCAUAUACCAGUUUCCUAGUUAAUUCAGCUUCGAGUUUCCUAGAGGAACUGUACAACUUGGGUACACGCGAAAUUGCUGUAGUUGGACUUCCUCCUUUAGGAUGUCUUCCAUCACAGAGAACUCUUGCUGGAGGGAUACCAAGAGAUUGUGUAUCUUCAUAUAACCAAGCUUCAGAAAAUUAUAAUGUCAAACUUUCUAGGGAAGUAGAAAUACUUCAGAAAAAGUUUGUCGGUGCAACUAUCAUUUAUAUAGAUAUCUAUCAGAAGUUGCUUCAUCUUAUUCAGGACCCAUCAAAAUAUGAUUCCUAGAAGAUAAAAGAUACGAAGCUGUGUCCAAAAACUGAGGGUAGCAAGUCUCAGAUGUAGAUAGAAAACAAUUCCUAAUCUGGCAACCAAUGUGGAUGAGGAGCGGAUCUGAUCGUCGCUCACCGCAGACAAAGAUGAUUAAGAGGAAUUAUUGCUAGCAACUGAUUCAAGGAUUCAGGACGCUCAUUUCAACGAUCAUCAUAUGGUUUAAAAUAAAAACAAGUGUAUCAAAAGGCUAAACACAGUCAUAAUUUACAGAUCAUUAAUCUCUUAAAUAUUGAAUUUUUGUAGGUUUUGAAGAGUCGAGCAAAGGUUGUUGUGGGACUGGAGAGCUGGAGGCUGGGGUAUUAUGUAAUGAAAAAUCAACUUUAUGCUCUGAUGAUUCUAAGUACGUAUUUUGGGAUAGUUUUCACC